AUGCCAGGUAUAUUAAAAUGGAUGGUUCCAUUGACCAUUCUCACUUAUGUGAUCUAUGUUAUCAAUUUUAUCUGUCCACAGCAAUCUUCAACGAUUUUGGUUAACAAUUUGACUUGUGAGAGCUAUGCGUACAUUAAGCCUUCUAUUGAUCCAUAUGUUAAUACAGUAACAACUAAGCUGAGGGAAAUUAGUUCAGCCCUUCAUAUUGACCACCUUUUACAUCAAAUUAGCAAUAGAGCAAGUGAAUUCAGUGCCACUUUAGAACCAUGGUCUAGUCAAAUAAGAGAGAAAUCACAUAGAUUUGUACAAAGGUUUAAUUUAGGUUUCACGCCAUUGGUUUCAUUAAUGAAAUCAACUAUAUUCGAAAUCAAUGUUAGAAUUGCCCCUAAAUUGAGAGUAUGGGUUGAUAAACUAAAAAUCUAUACUCAAGUUCGUUUUAUAAGGUCUUGGGAAUUCUUGCAAUUCAAUGCUCAUAUAAUGUGGGCUAAAUUGAGCUACAAAACGAAUGAUAUUUUUUCAAACCAAAUUAGACCAUUUAUAAGGGUUUACUUGGUGAAAAUUGAAAACAGCUCUUCUUAUUUGAUUUUAAAGCAUUAUUUUCAUGAAUACAAAUUGGAUGUGAUAGUUGAUUGUAUUUCUCGCAGUUACAAAGAUCUAAUGGAUGUUAAUAGUUUUCAAGAAAAGAGUGACUUUUUGAAAACCGAAUUCAAAAACUUGAUGCAUUUCAAAACAGAUAAAGUUCCUAAGGCAAAUGAUGAAGAGGUGGCUGAAGUUGUUAAGGAUAUUCUCGAAGAAAUAACUAGCCCUGUUGUUCUGUCUACAUCCAUUUCGGAAUCCAUUGUGACUGAUUCCACUAUCACGUCCGCACAAGCUGAUUCGUCAAUUGAUGAAUCAGAUAGUGAUAGCGACGAACCAAUCACUAUUCUGCUAACUUCGACUAGGUAUGUUACAUUAAAAACUGAAACCAAUGAGCCAAGCUUUGUUGACAAUUCCAUUGGUCGUAAAAUCGAGGAAGAAAUAAACUACUGGGAGAAUAAAGUGAAUAAGACCUUGAAUUCGGCUUUGAAAAAUUUGUCUAAAGAUAUGUCGAGCUCAGUAAACUCUAGCAUUGAAAGAAUUAAACCUAAAUUAUCUGACCAGUUUACCCAAAUACAACAAACUAACUAUAAGCAUUAUCAAGAGUUGAAUAAAAUGAUUAAUGCAAUUGAUAAGGAUUCUGCUCAGAUUCAAGAAGAAGAUAGGAUAAUAGAGAGCUCUGAUGAUUCAAACCGUGAAUAUUUUUCAAGGCAAGACAUGAGAGAUAAAAUAAGCGAGUCAUUAACAUACUGCGAGUCAGAAAUAAAUGAUAUUAAGGAGUCUAUGAAUAAGAAUCACCAUGAAAUCUUACGCGACUACUUUAAAGAGAUUCAGGAAACCAUCGAUGUAUUGGAAUCCUUUGCUGAAUUGACAAUUCAAGAAUUUUCCAAUAGGUUACAUGCUUUAAUCGCUAUUUUAGAAAAUGAACAAGAAUUCGAUGAUGCAAUUACAUGGAAAGCAUGGAAGAGAUUCCAUAAAAUAAAGCAAGACAUUUUUAAUGCUAGAGAUUUGCUUUUCAAUCAAGCCAAUGACUAUCAGAAUGAUUUUUCUAUAGAUGUCAUCCCCGUUGGUUUAGAAAAUUGGAGUGCUUAUAUGAAAAACGUAUAUUUUCAUGCGAACUUUUUAACUAAUGAUAACGAGGAAUAUUUGAAAUUAGUAAGAGCCAAAGCUAAUGUGGCAUUUCAAUUAAGAGAAGGUUUAAUAGAUAAGUUGGAAGAAUCCAAAAAAACAGACUCACAAGAUUUUGACCAGUCGUCAACCACUGAAGGAUCAGCUACCCAAGCGACGGAGGACGAGCAAGCAGCUACUUUCAGUAGCGACGAGAAUGCACUUGAAGAAGAGGAAUCUGAAGGAUCGCGUCUGGACUAUGAGUCUGGCCAUGAUAGUGAUGAAAGUGGUCCUGAUUCUGAAGAUCAAGAUUAA